UGUCAAAAAAUCUCACCAUUCAUAUUUGUACCUUAUGAGCCAAUUGUGCAUGGAACUUUUGGAGUCGACCAAUCUGAACCUUGGGACAUAUUGAUAAAACAAAUAAAAGAUUUAAUUGCUGAAAUAAUGGUUGGAAGCCGUGGAUUCGGUUAUUCAGAUUAUAAUGGUUUAUACAUUGAACCUUACGAGCCAAUUGCGCAUAGAACUUUUGGAGUCGACCAAUCUGAUUGGAAUAUAAUAGUACUACGAAUAAAAGAUAUUUUUGCUGAAAUAAUGGCUGGAAGUCGUGGGAUUGGACACCCAGAUUAUGAUGG